AUGGCGGAUUCGAUUGAGACUCUGCUUUCUACCCCCUCCGCCCCACCUUUCGUCUACCUUCACCACCCCCAUCAUUCUGCUACCGAUCUCCCUCCAUCUCUCGAAAGCGCACGCGAGCACAGCUUAUUCGCUCGCCUCGACACUAUCGAGCACUACAACACCAAGCUGUUCUACUCUGGUAUCCUCCAUCGCAUUCUAGGCGAAGACGCCAGUGUAGAGGAGGUAUCGUCGUGGGAUGCGUUCAGUCUGAAAUUGAAGAGUUGGUGGUGUGAGCGCCAUCAAAUAGGAAACAGUCGGAAAAAAGUCAGAGGGUGGUCCUACAAGGAAGAGGUGGAUAAUGAAAAUAUUGUGCUGCUGGUAACUCAUGCAGAGAGGCUGAAGAAUGUACUGGGAAGUAAUUGGGCAGUCAUGACCAGACUGGCAGAGCUCAGCAACGUCAAUAUUACUGUCAUCUUGGCCUCCGCAUCUCCGUGGGAUCUUGUUCGCCCGCACCGCGUGGAUGCCCCGGAGCCCAUUCACAUCUAUCUUCAAGCACCAACCCGAGCCGACAUACUGGCCGAACUCCUGCCCGUCUGCUCUCAUCCUCUCUGGCCCAAAUUUGUCGAGCUCCUUCUGGCUACCACGCUAUCGCUCAUAACACCUCCUGUGGCCGAGCUCGCCCAUAUCGCGGCUUCACUGUGGCCGUUGUAUACGUCGGACUUGCCCCCGCAUGCUGAGAUGGAGGUGCUGGGUCUGGAGUAUCCAGAUCCUUCAAAUCCUCCUCCAAAGCUUGAAGUCAGUCUGAGGCUCUUGACAGACCUCACAAGAUCAAUAAAGCUGCCCCUAGCGGCAGCCGUUGAAACACUCAUCCCUCGCCAGAUCGGCACAUAUGAAUUCACCUCUGCUCUCUCGAGGCGCUCAGCAACCACGUCCGCACAGGACGCUCUUCCGAAACUCCCUCCGCUGGAACUUUCUCGGACGGAAAAGUUCUUGCUGGUAGCUGGCUAUUGCGCCAGCUAUAACCCUGCCACAUCAGAUGUGAGACUGUUCGGCAGAGGUGUGGGAGAGAACGGGAGAAAGAAGAGGGGUGGGGGCAUGAGAAGGGCUGGGUAUGGGAAAGUGAGAUCCGGCAAGGUCGCACAAAGACUUUUGGGCCCGAAAGCCUUUCCCUUAGACCGCCUACUCGCUCUCUUCUUCUCUCUCUACGCCGAACACGCCACACGCCCAGAUUUCCAGACCGAAUACAGCGAAAGCUCUGAAGAGUUGGAAGAGGAGGAGAGUGCGCAGAUAUGGCCACCGACGCUGCGGACAGAUAGCAAAAGGGCUGAGAAAAAGGCAGCCAAAGCAAGGAAGAGGGAGCAGGAACAGGAACAGCGAUGGGAUGUUGAGGUACAGCAGCUCAUGAUGUCGGUCAAGUUCUGGGGAAUGAUACCCGAAUUGGAAGCUCAAGGACUGUUGAAACGCUGGUCGCCUCCAGAUAGGCUGGAUAAUGUCAUGCUCCGCUGUGAGCUUGAUUACGAGACGAGCAAGUCGCUGGCAAAAGACCUUGGCGUAAAAAUGGACGAAUACCUUUACGAGGCCAACAUAUACUAG